UUUUUCUGUAGCUAUUUACCUACUCCUAUCUAAUAGGAAAAGGGAACAAACAGAUAUUGACGAGCCAAAAGAAAAAGCAAAAAAUCUACCCUUCACUAAUGGCUGCCAUGGCUGCAACAAGCUUUUCAUUGUUGGGUUUGAUCGGAGGGAAUGGUAAGAACGUAGCCGGAAGGAGGAGGAUAGCAGCAGCAGCAACACCUCAAGAGGCUCAAGUGACUGAAGAAGUACAAGAAGAAAAACAACCGGAAGAACCCAAGGUAAAGAGCCAGAAACGAAUGCCAGAGAAAAGAGUGGAACCUCAAUUGAUGGCACAGAGCAAGAACAUGGGAAGGGAAUACGGAGGCGAUUGGUUGAGCAGCGUGACUCGUCAUGUUAGGAUAUAUGCAGCCUACAUAGACCCUGUUACUCAUGCAUUUGAUCAGACUCAGAUGGAUAAACUCACAAUUAUCCUCGACCCACAAAAUGAAUUCAACUGGACUGAUGAUACAUGCAACAUGGUCUAUACUUACUUCCAGGAGCUCGUCGAUCACUACGAGGGUGCACCGCUGACGGAAUACACACUCCGCCUUAUUGGUUCGGAUGUUGAGCACUACAUCAGAAAGCUGUUGUAUGACGGGGAGAUCACAUACAACAUGAAUGCCAGACAACUAAAUUUCAGCAUGGGAAAGCCCCGUGUAAUAUUCAAUGCCAACGAUGAAAGCCAGAUUCAGGGUAUAGUGCCACAGUAAGAUGGUAAAAAUGUAGCCAUGAUGAAUGACAAAGAAGCUUUCUUCUAAUGUAUAGAUAUCAAGUUAACAAACACAUUUCGUCAGGAAAAAAAAGAAGGAACUACAAUGUUAUAAACAAAAUCAGUUCCAACA